GGGGGGCUAAACUAUAGGUUCAUUGUGAUGCAGUUGUAGCUUUCAAUUUAGUGAUGACCUCUUUAUUCAGUCAACUUGUUCUUCCCUCAAAUAAUGGUUACAAGGUGUGGGAAGAUCCAUCCUUUUUCAAAUGGAGGAAGAGAGAUGCUCAUGUUUUGCUGCACUGCCAUGAUACAAUUGAAGGAUCUCUGAGAUACUGGUAUGAACGGAAUAGAGUGGAUUUUCUGGUUUCAAAGUCAGCAGUUUGGGAUGAUGAUGCUGUUUCUGGAGCUCUUGAUAGUGCUACUUUUUGGGUCAAGGGAUUACCUUUUAUUAAGUCUUUGUCCGGAUAUUGGAAAUUCUUCUUGGCUCAAAAUCCUACCAGUGUUCCUUUGAAAUUUUAUGAUAGUGCAUUUGAGGAUUCUACAUGGGAAAUCUUACCAGUUCCUUCCAAUUGGCAAAUGCAUGGAUUUGAUAAGCCUAUUUACACAAAUGUUGUAUAUCCAUUUCCACUUGAUCCACCUCAUGUUCCAGAGGAUAAUCCUACGGGCUGCUACAGGACAUACUUUCAUCUUCCAAAAGAAUGGGAAGGUCGUAGGAUAUUCCUACACUUUGAAGCUGUUGACUCUGCUUUCCACGCAUGGAUAAAUGGGGUUCCUGUUGGAUAUAGUCAAGAUAGUAGACUACCUGCUGAGUUUGAAAUCACUGAUUUCUGUCAUCCAUGUGGAUGUGACAAGAAAAAUGUUUUAGCCGUUCAAGUAUUUAGAUGGAGUGAUGGUUCUUACCUUGAAGAUCAAGACCAUUGGUGGUUAUCUGGCAUUCAUCGUGAUGUACUCCUUCUAACCAAGCCAAAGAUAUUCAUUGUGGAUUACUUCUUUAGAUCAUACUUAGAGCCAAACUUCUCCUAUGCAGAUUUACAGGUUGAAGUGAAAAUUGAUUACUCAUGGGAAACAUCAAAGGACAGCAUCCUUGCCAACUUCACUAUUGAAGCUGCAGUAUAUGACAAUGGGAAUUGGUACAGCACUGAUGGACAUGUUGAUCUGCUUUCGUCUCAUGUAGCUCAUUUGGAGCUUUGUCCAUCCACUGGUGCAGGUCUAGGAUUUCAAGGGCAUCUACUUGUAGGGAAGCUGCAAAUGCCCAAGCUUUGGUCUGCCGAGAAACCAAACCUAUACACUCUUGUAAUCAUCCUCAAAGAUGCAUCAGGGCAUGUAGUUGAUUGUGAAUCAUGCCAAGUAGGAAUUCGACAAAUAUCGAAGGCUCCAAAACAGCUUCUUGUAAAUGGGCAUCCAGUAAUAAUAAGAGGGGUAAACAGACAUGAACACCAUCCACGUCUUGGGAAGACAAACUUGGAGCCCUGCAUGGUUAAGGAUUUGGUUCUAAUGAAGCAAAACAAUAUUAAUGCUGUCAGAAACAGCCAUUAUCCCCAACAUCCACGAUGGUAUGAGUUGUGUGAUUUGUUUGGCAUGUACAUGAUAGAUGAAGCCAAUAUCGAGACACAUGGUUUUGAUCUUUCUGGACAUGUAAAGCAUCCAACACAGGAACCAAUUUGGGCUUGUUCUAUGUUGGAUCGUGUAAUAGGGAUGGUGGAGAGGGACAAAAAUCAUGCGUGCAUAAUUUCUUGGUCGUUAGGAAAUGAAGCAAGCUAUGGACCUAAUCAUGCUGCUCUUGCUGGUUGGGUUAGGGGAAAGGAUCCAUCAAGGCUGUUACACUAUGAAGGUGGUGGAUCCAGAACACCGUCAACUGAUAUUGUAUGCCCCAUGUAUAUGCGUGUUUGGGACAUAGUGAAGAUUGCCAUGGAUCCCACAGAAACACGACCUUUGAUAUUGUGCGAGUAUUCACAUGCCAUGGGGAACAGCAGUGGGAAUAUUAAGGAGUACUGGGAAGCAAUUGAUAGUACAUUUGGUCUCCAAGGAGGCUUUAUCUGGGAUUGGGUUGAUCAGGUUGGAAGCUGUUCAAGUCCUUAAAUAUGUGUUGUGUCAAUGAUUAUACU